CAUUUGCCUACCUUUGAUUUUAUUUUUUUCCAAGUAGAAAUUGUAAAAUUUGCACCCAAUUUGGGCCAUCACACUUACGGGUUAACCUAACCGGACCAGGUGAAGGUGCAAGGGGCACUUGGGCGAUCUUAGUAGUGGAGCCGUGCCAAACACUUCUCCAAUCGAACCUCAAAAUUCGACUGCCAAUCUUCACACGACCACGAGAGACGCAGAUAGGAGAGAAAGGGACAGGAUUUGAUUGUUUUAUCGCCAAGAAAGGUGUUGAAUUGGGGGAAAAGGUGGGGGAUAGUGGAUUCGUAUUGUAAUAAUGGUGAAUUUGAUGGAACAACUGAUUCCGACAGGAUUAUUUUCUCUUUUCCAAUGAAAUCAAAUGGAUGGAGCUACACCCAUUGACAAGAUCAAUCAUCUUCGCUGCUGGUUGUUGAAUUGCCGCUUUCGCUUACAUUCGACGUCCACGGUUUUAAUCGAUUUCCCCCAACGACCAUGAUCACUUCCUCCCUUAAACCCCACAUCGGAUCUCAACCGCAGAUCCACUUUUGCUCCAAUAACAUCGCUGUUUCUCUCUGCUGCUCACUCUCUUUUCAUGGAUCCUUCCACAUCACGUCCUGCUGUAGUUAUCGACAACGGCACCGGGUAUACUAAAAUGGGUUUUGCGGGUAACGUGGAGCCCUGUUUUAUUGCUCCAACAGUAGUUGCAGUUAACGAAUCCUUCAUAACUCAGCCCAAUCGUUCCUCUACCAAAGGAAGUAGCAGUUGGCUGACACAGCACAGCGCUGGUGUAAUGGCUGAUCUUGAUUUCUUUAUUGGGGAAGAAGCCAUAUCCAAAUCAAGAAGUAGCAGUACUUAUAGUCUAACCUACCCAAUCAAACACGGGCAGGUGGAAAAUUGGGAUGCCAUGGAACGGUUUUGGCAGCAAUGUAUAUUUAACUACUUGCGUUGUGAUCCAGAAGACCAUUACUUUUUAUUAACAGAGAGUCCAUUGACUCCACCUGAAAGUCGAGAGUACACGGGUGAGAUUAUGUUUGAAACAUUCAAUGUUCCAGGGCUUUAUAUUGCAGUUCAACCAGUACUUGCUCUUGCUGCUGGGUACACAUCAUCUAAGUGUGAGAUGACAGGUGUUGUAGUAGAUGUUGGAGAUGGUGCCACUCAUGUUGUACCCGUUGCUGAAGGUUAUGUUAUUGGGAGCAGCAUUAAGUCGUUACCAAUUUCAGGAAAAGAUGUUACUCUCUUUGUCCAACAACUCAUGCGUGAAAGAGGGGAGCAUGUCCCCCCUGAAGAUUCACUUGAAGUAGCUCGAAAGAUUAAGGAAACUUAUUGCUACACAUGUGCAGACAUUGUCAAGGAGUACAAUAAACAUGACAAAGAACCUUCCAAGUAUGUUAAACAAUGGAGAGGUAUUAAACCAAAGACCGGGGCACCUUACUCAUGUGAUGUUGGCUAUGAACGAUUUCUUGGUCCCGAGAUUUUCUUUAAUCCAGAGAUAUACGAUAAAGACUUCACAACCCCUUUACCUGCUGUAAUAGACAGGUGUAUUCAAUCUGCACCAAUUGACACAAGAAGAGCUCUAUAUAAGAAUAUAGUGUUGUCUGGAGGAUCCACCAUGUUUAAAGACUUCCAAAGAAGGCUGCAACGGGAUACAAAGAAGAUUGUGGAUGCACGUGUUCUUGCAUCCAGUGCUAGACAUGGUAGUGAAGUAAAGGCACAACCGGUUGAAGUGAAUGUUGUGAGCCAUCCGAUCCAGAGAUAUGCAGUAUGGUUUGGAGGCUCUGUACUUGCAUCAACACCUGAAUUUUUUACGGCAUGCCAUACAAAAGCAGAAUAUGAGGAAUAUGGGGCCAGCAUAUGCCGAACAAAUCCUGUGUUCAAGGGAAUGUAUUGAAUGAUUUCUAGAAGCUGUUCUUCCCUUGGUGUACAUUAUGCAGGUUAGCUUUUGUUAAACAAGAGGUGUACACUAGAUGUUUUGAUUUUCUUGUAAGAAAAGAAAAAAAAAAAAAAGAUUAUUCUUUGAUUAAGAAGCAGAUAGGUUUUGUUUUGAUGCUAAUAUUUAUUUCUAUAAGGUGACACAACUUUUGAGCACAU